ACAAGAAAAGCGCGUUUUCUUUCUUGUAGUUAGUAGCCUAUAUAAAAGCCUUACGGGAAACUAAAUAUUUGCGGAAGGAGCGUCAGUUCCCCUUCGAGUUCCUUCCAAAAACGAAACCGUGACUUAAAGAAGCCUGGAUACGUCGCUUUCACAAUGAAAGUGCAUUUGUUAAUAGUUUUAUUGCUGGUGUCUAAUAUAACAUUAUCUUCAGGUGUUCUGGAGUUUUUCGCAGCUGCUGCAUCUUACGUGAUUCACAAAUUUUAUGAACGGGAUGAUUUGCGUCCUUAUGACUUUAAACGUUUGGAGAAAGAUUUAAGAGACUCUCUCUUUGGGCAGCACAUUGUGUCUGACGUUGUACUGAAAGCUGUAACAUCAUUUAUGACUGACAGCAACCCAAACAAACCGCUGGUCCUCUCUUUCCAUGGGACUACAGGAGUUGGGAAAAAUCAUGUUGCUAAAAUCAUUGCAAGAAAUGUGUACGAAAAAGGGGACCAGAGCAAGCAUUUUCACACAUAUAUAUCUGAGCAUCAUUUCCCACACAGAAAUAAGCUAGACUUAUAUAGCGCACAGCUAAAGCAGUGGAUACAUGGAAAUGUAUCAAGUUUUCCCCGCUCCAUGUUCAUAUUUGAUGAAAUGGACAAGAUGCAACCACAGCUGAUCGAUGUCAUAAAACCUUUUCUAGACUACAAUGUCCGUGUCGAUGGAGUGUCAUUCCACAAUGCAAUCUUCAUUUUUCUUAGUAAUGCAGGUGGGAAUGUGAUUACUGAAGUGGCUCUGGAUCUCUGGAGAGAAGGCAAAGAGCGGGAAGAGCUUUGGAUGAACAGCAAGGAACUGGAGACUAGGAUCCUUCAAAACAUCUUCAACGAUAAGAACAGUGGAUUUCUGCACUCUAGUAUUAUAGAUCAUCAUCUGGUUGAUCAUUACAUUCCUUUCCUACCUCUUGAGCUGAAGCAUGUACGUCAGUGUGUCAUGGCUGAGAUGAGCCAUCUGAACAUGACCCAAGACUAUGAUCUGGCAGACAAAGUGGCCAGAGACUUGCCCUAUUUCCCUGUGGAGGAGAAAAUCUUUGCUGUUAAAGGCUGCAAGUCUGUCAGACAGAAGUUGGUGCUGUAUGAUUAGCAGCAUGUUGCCCUACUGUUUUGACUGUUAGUCCUAUUAAUAUUUAGGUUUUAAUGAAUUACAUUGCCAUCUGGAGUUUGUUAUUCUGCCUCUUGAGUUAAGACAACCUCUUUAUUAAACAUUUGAAACAA